AUGCAGAACGAACAGCUAAACGAAUUUACUCCAGCAGAGCAUAUUCAUCAGAUUCGCUCAUAUUUCGAUAUCAUAGACAAUGCAGUUCAAAUUGGUGACACUAAUAAUAUAAAAUAUUCUGACGCAAAGAUUCCAUCACAACCUGGAACUGCUAAUAACACAUGGGUAACAUUCAAUCUCUCACCUCCUGGUGAAAAUAUGUUGGACCUUUACAAUACAUUCAUUACGUAUAAAAUGGAAGGUCAAUUUAUUGUAGAUAAAGAAAUUGGUUCAGGUUCCAAUAAAACAAACCCACCAGGAUUUUGGAUUGGUUUCGAUGACGCUUUCUAUGCAGUUGCUGGAUAUCAAAUCCUUGCAAAUGGUCGUAUCGUAUAUUCUCAAGACAAUGCAAGAGAAGAAGCAUAUAUAACUUCAAACUCACAAACUACCGAACAAAUAAAGAAAGUAGAUGUUUUCUCAAAGACUCGACAUGAAGAUGUAUGGAGUCAUUCGGGAACAUGCAGAACAGGACAAUUGUUAGUGGUCCAAUUACAGCAGGAAAAUCAUUUGAUUUUAAGCUUCGUUUAA